GAAAAGAUCUUACGAUGGCUGGCAAACCUAGAUCCGUUUACGAACCAACGUAACGCGAGUAAGCAACACGAGCCUGGUACCGGAAAUUGGCUUCUCCAACGAGACGAUUUCUUAACGUGGAGAUCUACCCCUGGAACGGUAAUGUGGCUUCACGGGAUUGCUGGAUGUGGGAAGACUGUUAUUUGGUUUGCUUUCUGCCAAUCACACGCUGCUCAACUUGUCAUAUUCUACUUCGACUUCAGAGAUCCGUGGAAGCAGAAUGCAGAUGGCUUACUGCUUUCGAUCCUAGCUCAACUC